UUUGGUCAGUGGGCCCAGAUUCUGCUCCAGACAGUGUUCUGAGCAGCCACAGCCACAGCCGCUUCCACCUCAGCCCUGGCCCCAGGACUGGAACCUCUCCGGCGGCUCUGUUCGAACACAACCUUGACAAAGACAAUGAGAAAGAGAGAGAGAGAGAAGAGCUUUUUCAGAUGAUGGGAGGGCUGGGAACUUGGGGUGUUACCAAGAGAAAGGAGGAGCACCUGGUGAACGGCUCUGCCUGGCCUGUGUCCAGCUUCCCUCCUCACACUGAGGGCAGAUCCAGGGGUAGCAUCUUCCCCACAGGGAAGUUCUUGUCUUUGAACCAAUCUACUUGGACUGAGGUGCACAGGAGGGGACCUGAGGCACGGGAGUGCUGGUGCUGGGAAAGCCCCCACCACCCCCACAACCUCUACUCCGGCUUUGCAAACAAGGCCUGAGGGUCUCCUGGAGUUGUGCAAUGAACUGGAAGGCCACCUCACCUUGGCCUCCCUCUGCCGCUGGCAGGAGAGGAAAUCUCCCAGGGCUGGGUGUGCCAAGGUGAGAUUGAGCCAGCCCUCCUGGCCCAUGGGCAGGGCAGGUGUUGCUCAGUGAUAAGCCAACCCCUCCAUUGUAGUUGAUGAUCCCUGGGAAGCCUUGCUCAGGAGAACAGCAAAUUGCUUCCUCAGUGGUGCAGCAGGUGGCACGUAGUCCUGGAUCCUGACUGUGCCUUCCCAGAGCGCGGAGGGCUCCACUUCGCACUGUGGCCCGCGUGCCCCUGCCAUCAGCAAGACCUCAAGUGCUGGCCCCCUGCCACAACUCAGGGAGAGGGCAGCAUGAGCUGGUCCAGGCAUGUAGGUAAGAUUCGGAAACGCCUGGAAGAUGUCAAGAGCCAGUGGGUCCGGCCAGCCAGGGCUGACUUCAGCGACAAUGAGAGUGCCCGGCUGGCAACAGAUGCCCUUUUGGAUGGGGGUCCCGAGGCCUACUGGCAGGUACUCAGCCAGGAAGGUGAGGUGGACUUCUUGUCCUCCGUGGAGGCCCAGUAUAUCCAGGCCCAGGCCAAGGAGCCCCCCUCUGCUCCAGAGCCUCUGGGAGGGGCCGAGUCUGGCCCCAGGGGACACGACUCCUGCUCCCUACAGUCUGGGACCUAUUUCCCCAUGGCCUCCGAGGGCAGUGAGCUGACCCUGCUGCACACCUGGGCCUUGGCCGAGAAGCCCUACCUGAAGGACAAGUCCAGUGCCACCGUGUACUUCCAGACAGACAAGCACAACAACAUCCGGGACCUCAUCCGCCGCUGCAUCACGCGGACCAGCCAGGUAUCGAUAGCGGAGCCUGUACCCUGGCCAGAGGCCGGCAGGGAGGGACGGGGGCCUGUGGAGGGGGAAGCGGGAGCGAGUCCUGCUCUAAUGGAGUCCAGAGGCUGGACUCAGGAUGGAGUCAGGGAUGGUACUCUCUGCCUUGCCCUGGAUCACUGA